AUGGCGUGGGUCAGCGCGCCGCGCGUCAACGGCAAGUCGGUGCUGCAGCUUGAAAGCGCGGGCGACGUCUCGUGGCGUAAGGGCCAGAAGCUUUGGAGGCCGCUGUGCCGCAAGCUCAACCUUGUCGUGCGGCGCGUCGCCGAGCUGCAGGUCCAGGGCUCCCGCGUCUACAUCAAGACGGCUGCGGCGGAGGCGGCCGUUGCUCAGCGGCGAGAGCGGGCCAUGACAAUGGCGGCGUACGUCCGGCACCUGGAGGGGGCUGCCGCUGCCAAGGCCAAGGCGGCGCAUGGGGAGAGCGGCACCGGCAACGAGAUGGGGUGGGAGGUGAUGAGUGAAAGGGGGUUGUGGCUGAUCGGCUUGCAGUGUGCCUUUGCAUGA